UGGGAUAAAUACCUCAAAUUUAGGGUUUCAGUGGUGAAACGAAUCCGGAAGUUGAAGACAAUGGCGAAGUUCAAUGUGGUUCAGAAGCAGAGACGAGCUCAUAAAGCUCAGACGAAGAGGGACGCCCAUGGUGAUCCCUUGACGAAGAAGCUAAAGAUCAAGCAACAGCCUACUUAUGUUUCCAGUAAGCGUAAGCGGAAGUUGAUGAAGAAAAAACGCAGAGAAGAGAAGGAAGCUUUACAGAUGGGGCUGACGAACAUGGAAGAUGUUGAAAUGGCUGUUGCUGAAGAACUUAAAAACACCAAUCGAACAUCGACCAAAUUCCAUGUGAAGAAGAGUGUCCGGCUUAGGCAAUUAAGGAGCAGCAAAGGCAAGAAGAACAAAGGAAAAUCUUCUUCCAGUUCAGGUUCUACAGCAUCAGGCGAUGCUAUGGUAGAGUAAAAUAGGUGACAGAACGUUUCUUCUUUUUCUUCUUUUUUUUUUUUUUUUU